AUGGCCGAGAACGUCCAAGUCUUUUGCCGCGUCCGGCCGCCCAACUCGCGCGAGAUGAUGGGCGGCGCGGCCCGGCGCUGCGUGAGCGCCGACGCCGUCGAGGGCCAGAGCCUCGUGCUGGCCUCGUGUACGGCCAAGAAGGAGGCGCCCCGCAACUUCUACUUUGACCGCGUCUUUGGCGAGCGCAGCACGCAGGAGCAGGUCUUUGACGUCAUUGGCCGCCCGAUCACGACCGCCUGCCUCGAAGGCUACAAUGGCACGAUCUUCGCCUAUGGCCAAACGGGCAGCGGCAAGACGUUUACGAUGCUGGGCGAAGAAGACCAGCGCAGCGGGCGGCCGAACGUCAACAAGGGCCUCGUGCCACGCGUGCUCGAGUACCUCUUUGAGAAGCGCGACGUGCGCGACGCGAGCUCCGAGUUUGAGGCCACGUCCACGAUCGAGUACAAGUACAUUUGCUCGUUUCUCGAGAUCUACAACGAGCGCGUCUUCGACUUGCUCGACGGCUCGACGUCCGAGGCCGGCCUGAAUUUGCGCGAGAACCACGUCAAAGGUGUCUUUGUCGAAGGCCUCAAAGAGGCGAUCGUCGAGAACGCGCAGCAGGCGACCGAGCUCAUGACGAUCGGGACGCAGAACCGCCACGUCGGCCACACGAGCAUGAACCGCGAGAGCUCGCGCAGCCACAGCGUCUUCAUCUUACAGAUCCACUCGAAGGAAACAACCGCGUCCGGCCUCAUCAAGAAGCGUCAAGCCCGCUUCAACCUCGUCGACUUGGCCGGCUCGGAGCGCCAGAAGAGCACGGAGGCUGCGGGCGACCGGCUCAAAGAGGCAGGCAACAUCAACAAGUCGCUCUCCGCGCUCGGCAACGUCAUCAUGGCGCUCUCCGAGCAAGCCGUUGGCAAGACCCGACAUGUGCACUACCGUGACUCGAAGCUGACGUACCUCCUCAAAGACUCGCUCGGCGGCAACUCCAAAACGUUCAUGAUCGCCGCCAUCAGUCCGGCCGAGGACUGCAUGAGUGAGACGCACUCGACGUUGAAGUUUGCGCAGCGUGCCAAGAUGAUCAAGAACAACGCGUUCAUCAACGAAGACACAAGUGGCAACAUCUUUCUACUCCAAGAAGAGAUCAAGCGUCUCCGGCUCCAGCUGCAGCAAGCCGGCGACCAUGGCUCCAACAACACGCACCACGAGCACGGAGCCUCGUCGUCGUCGUCGCUACCACCGCUCUACAAUCCGUUCUCGGAGCUCAACGACAACCCACUGCCAUCGGACUGCGACCCGGCCGUCGACGCCCGCUUCCGGGAGCUCGAAAACACGCUCUCCAACAUUGUCGACGAACACUCAAGUCAGAAGCGGUCGCUGGAAGUGCUUCAAUUGCGCGAGUCGCACUACCGCGAGCUCUGCGCGCAGCUUAAACGCAAGAGCCUGCAUCUGCGCUUCCUUCUCAAACUCAAGGCGGACAAGGAGACGAACCUCGAGCACAUUGAGCGCAUUCAGCAAGAGCUCGAGUACAACCCGAGUGUCGACGCGAUCGAGUGGCGCCUCAAGUACGACGAGAUCGAGCGGCUCUACAUGGACCUCCAGGAAGAGGCGGCAUCGCCGUCGCAGAGCGCCGACGACGUCACGCGGCUCCAACACAUGCAUUUCGAAGUCGCCAAGCAGCUCUCGCUCGUCAUCAAGGACAAGCACGCGCUCCAAGCCCGCAUCGGUGGCAGCGCCAUCGUUCUCGACGAGCAAAUGGACGCCGAUCGUCCGAGUCUCGAGUGGGAGGCCAAGGUGGCCCAGGCGCAGGCACUGCAGAGCCUCGCCGAAGACGAGCUUGCAAAGAACACGCUCGAGACGCUCAUGCUCCGCGAGAAGGUGCGCAGCCACGAGAUGAAGCUCGCCCUCCAGCACGACUUGCUCUCGGACUUCGAGCACCAAAUCCGCGUCCUCCAAGAAGUCCACAUGGCCGAACGCACGAGCCGGGAGGCGGCGGCGUCGGCGCAACAACGCGCGCACGACGACGCGAUCCACACCCUCCAGCAGCAAACUUUGGCGUGCGAGUACGCGAUGGCGACGAUGCGCCAGCAAAUGAGCGGCGCCGAGGCGCAAGCGGCGCAAUGGGCCGAGCGGGAGGCCCACUGGGCGGCCCAAAUCGCGACCGCCGAAGGCAACAUUCGUGACCUCACGGCGCAGGUCCGAACGUUCUCGGAAGAGUCGCUCGACAUGCACGAGAAGGUGCAAGCGGCGUUUGCGCGCGAGACUACGCUGCAGGCGACCGUGGCGUCCUUGGAAGCGUCGCUGCAAGCACACGCGGCCGCGAGCGAUAAUGCGACGGCCUCGUUUGAGACCCAAGUGCUGGAACUCACGGCGCGCAUUGAGGAGCUGCUGCGGAUCAAGACGGACCUCGAGGCGACCGCGACCGCGAGUAUCGAGGCGUUGGAAGCAAAGGAAGACGCGUACCAAGCGACGCUCGGCACGGUCGAGCAGCUCACGUUUGAAUUGACCGAGACCAAGGCCGUCCACGACACCCACGUGGCCGCGAGUGCGGAUGCGCUGGCCGCCGAGCUCACGCGCCGCGAAACUGAAGUCGCGGCCAUGACAUCGGCUAUCAACGAUCUCCACACCAAGCUCGCCUCGGCCAACGACGGGCUUGCGGAUCUCUCGGCCCAAGUGGCCGCGCUCGAAGCUGCCAAGGCCGACGUCGAGGCAGCCCUAAAAGAGUGGCAGCAGCAAGCGGCCGACGCCGACACCACCGUCGCCACGCUACGCGACGAGCUCGAGGCCAAGGACGACACGCUGCAGGCGACCAUCGGGGACGUCGAGCGGCUCACGCACGAGCUCGCGCAAGCAACCAUCGCCCACGACGCGGUCGAAGCGAACCUUGUCGCGGAGCAAACCGACAAGGCGGCGCAAGUGACAAUGCUGCAGGCGAUGCUGGACGCAAAACUGGCACUGGAGGCGGCCUUGGCCGAGCUCUCGGCCGCACGCGCCUCGGACGCGGCCGCGUUUGAGGCCAAGCUCACGGAAACCCGCGAGGCCAGUGACGUGCAAGAAGACAAGCUCCAAGCGGCGCUCGGCACGGUUGAGCGCCUCCAGUACGAAGCGUCGGAAGCCGCCAAGCUCUACGCGGCGCUCGAGGCUUCGUACAACGCUAUGACGACGGAGAAGACGACCCUCGAGACGUCUCUGGCGGCGCUGCAGACGCAGGUGCGUGACCUGGAGACGUCCAAGGCGUCGCUGGAAACGGCGUUGGCGACGACGACGACGACAGCCGCCGCGGACCGCGCGACGUUGGAGGCGCAGCUAGAGACGGCCGCAACCGAGCAGGCGGCGCUGGAGAAAGAGCACCGGGGUGCCAUGGCGGCGCUUGAGGCAUCGCUCGAGGGCGCUCGCAGUGACCUUGACGCCAAGGAAGAUGCGCUGCAAGAGGUCCUUGGCAACGUCGAACGGCUCGAGUUUGAGCUCGAAACGAUGAGCGAGGCGCGGGCGGCGGUCGAGAAGGACCUCGCGACGGCACAGGCGACGCUGGCAGCGACAGUCUCCGCCAUGGCGGCGAAAGAAGCGGACCUCGCGGCCGUGACAAGUGCGCUGGAAGACGCGCAAGGCGAAACCAUUGUUGUCAACGACCUCCUGCAGCAGUCGCACGACGAGAAGAGCGCGCUCAAGACGCAGUGGAGUGCGCGGGAGGAGGCGCUGGUGGCCGACGUCACGGCGCUCACGGCCAAGGUGGCGGACGCCACCACAUACAAUGAGGUGUUGCGGUCGACGCUGCAGCUCGACAAGGACGAGUUCACGGCCCAGAUCGAGGCGCUCGAGGAGUCGUUGUCGGCCGCGGAGGCCAAGGUGCCGCCGCUUUUGGCCGAGGUCGCGGCGCUCAAGAAGGAGGCCGAGGCGAGCUCGGCGAGCGGCCUUGCGGCGCUUAAGGACAAGCUGCGCGAGGACACAGCCAAGCUCGCCGCCGACCGCAAGCACUGGAAGUACAAGAACGAGUCGCUCAUGCUCAAGGCGAUCGAGAACGAGUAUGCGAUGAACCAAGCCAAGCGCGAGAACGAGCGCCUGCUGGAGGACAUGGCCGAGCUCCACGCGCGCCUCGACGCACUCAACGACGAGAAAGACAAGCUCGUGGGCCACCACAAUGCGAAGCAGAAGAUCCAGCACCACGCCAAGAUGAAGGAGGACGUCAACCGCCUCCAGGCCGAACUCCGCGCGGCGACCGACGAGAACUUCAAGCUCAAGAAGCGCAUUGAAAAGCUCGAGGUGCUCGUCGCACCGGAUACGGACAUGGCCGCCGCGCUCGGGAGUCCGCUCAAGCGACAAAAGUCCCUCAACAUGAUGCCCGCCGAGUCGCCGAUGCGUGGGAAGCGGCCGCGUCCCUAG